AUGCCAAGAGCUCCAUCAAUCCGCUUUUCAUCAAUAGACGAAGCUCAUUCCAGAAAAUUCAUAUGCUCCAUGGACGGAGCAAAAAGUGGAGUCUUGGUCAGAGCGAGCCGCCCCAUUCUAUUACCAGACAAAAUUUGGAGUGCCACGCAGGAGCAGAGCGAGAAAGUCAAGCAGUGGAAUUUGGCUUUUAGGAGUCAUAGAAAAGGUGGGCUUGAUUUGAAGAGGAAGGACCAUAGAGGGAGAGGAAUUCAGUACUCUGUUCAAAAUCAGUCACCUCCAUCUUUACCAGGAAAAGUUACAUUAUAUAUAGUAGCUGAGAAUCCAGAUAAAUUCACAGUUAUGGCACUUCCAGUUGGUUCAAAUGUUACUUUUCUUGCUAAUCAGAAUGAGGAUGACCUAGAGGAUGAUGCUGUAAGUUCUGCUUUGUCUUCUGUAAGGAAACCAAUGUAA